AAUAACUUUUUUAUUGAAUAACCUAACAAUUGUCUGUAAUAGGGUACGGAAGUAUCGCCCCAAGAUCAAUGUGGGGUAAAAUAGCAACAAUGGGGUAUGCUGCGUUAGGAAUUCCUUUGACAUUGGUCUACCUAUCAAGUGCAGGUGGGUUGUUAUCUCGUUGCGCUCGAGGUGUUUUCACACGAGCUUUGUGCUGCUGUCUCUGCUCGAAUUGCGGUUACUGCUGUUACGAUGAAAGACGGAUGCAGGAAAAGGAACGGAGAAUGAGGAAGAAGCGACAGCAAGAAGAAAUGAACCAGCAGCAACAACAACAAUUGGCUCUCCAGGAACCCUUUUAUGUGCGAGCUAAUGCUUCGAAUUAUCCGAGUUCUGUGGAAAUAAAAGCCAGUCCAAAGGAUGAAGUGUCAAGUCUCGGCUCCGGCGACAGACCUAAUGUUACUAUUUUCGCUCCAAUCAGCAUUUGUCUUGGAGCAAUGCUUUGUUAUAUUGUCGCCGGGGCUUUUACUCUUUACUUCUGCUUUAUGAGCUUGAGUACAAUAGGAUUUGGCGACAUGGUACCUGGCCUGUAUCUCCGACACAAUACAGUCGAUUCAAAAAAUUUAACCUUAUGGUUUUGCUCCUGCUACAUAAUGUCUGGAAUGGCAUUGACGGCAAUGUGCUUCAACAUACUUCACGAUGAAAUAGUCCAUCGGUUAGCUCACCAAAACGAUAAAAGCGAAUCUGUUAAGCCGAGUUCAAGCAUCGACGAGUUAGCGACAGAUCCGUUUGCCCUCACGUCCAACAAUAGGAACACCACUGACGAGUCGCUGUGCAAUGAGCAGCCAGCCAGUAUUUUCGCCCACGAAAAUGAAAUGAAUAUUUUAAGAGACUCGUAUAAUCAAGUCGACGUUACUAGAGACUGCAAGCCUAUCAUUAAACUCGAGGACCAUAUUGUUGGAUCCGCUGUCUAUACUCUCCCCGAGGUCGAUGAAGAAGCCGAAGAAAAUACCGAGAUG